CGUGAGUUCGUUCGUAGCACAGGACCAGGUACUGUACUGUAUCCCAUCCUUGGAAGUUUCUCGGCAGUCGGUGCUGUUCUCGCUAGCAACCCUCUUCAGAAUAACUCUCGGGAGGAACCCCGCAUCGCACCGCGGGACAAACACAAAGACAAACACAAAGAUCGCCAGGCCAGGCCAGGCGAACCCAAACCCAAACCCAAAAUCCAUCGAUCGACUCCAGGAUUGACAGUCGACAGCGCUUCGGAUCCAUCAACAGAGUGAGUCUUGGAAGUGCAAAGCACUGCGUGAGACGACGGGAUCGAUCCGCAGGCAAACAUACCCUACAGUAGAAGACAACCACACACGGAGUGUGAGCAGAUCGAAAGGCGUGUUCUUUGCCACCCCGGCCGCUGAAAGGUUCCCCCGUCAGCACCAGCAGAUCCCGGUGGCAGCAAACCCAACCAUUUGAUCCGAUCCGAUCCAAUCCCAUCCAAUCCAAACCRAAGCAAAUCAAUUUAAUUUAAUCCAAACCAAACGGUUCGGCUCCAGCGAACAAGAUGGCAUCGUGCGCGGCGUGCACGGCGACCCGCUCCGCACUCCUGUCGUCGUCGUGCCGGGCCAUCCACAGCAGGACGAUAACUUCCUCCGCGUCGUCCUCGACGUCGUCYACCGCGGGUGCCGCCGCAGCGGCGGCCAAGGCACGGGGACCGCUGCGACCAUCGCCGCCCUCCCCCGCCUCGGGAUCGUGCCGGGCCCUCUCUUGCGCGGCCUCGAUGCCGGCCUCGUCGGGUUCGAUCUCGAUCGUUCAACUCCACCCGGCCGCCUCUCUGCUGGCCCCCUGCCAGGGCGCAACCGCAAACGCAAAGGCCUCCGGGGGGACCCACCACCACUCGGGAGCACCGGGCUUUCUCCUGGCCUCGACGGCCGCCCUGCUGGCGGCGUCCUCGCUCAACAUCGUUGCGGCCUCGACGCCCUCWCCCAUAGGCGGCGCCACGGUGGCCACCACGACCACCGCUGCCCCCGUUUCCAAGCCCGCGGGCGACGGCGGGGGAGGCGGUGCCGGUGGUGGGGGAGGAGGCCCGUCGACCGAUGCAUCGGCCGUUCCGGCAGCGGUUGCCGUUUCGACGUCACGGGCAAAGGAGGAUGUCCAGCGAUACGAGGAUGCUCUUGCAAAAGAUCCCUAUCAGGUAGGUUUGGUACAGUGCAGUGCAGUGCAGUGCUCUAGUUCGCAUUCGAGUUUGGUGCUGUGAUCUAAUGUGGUGUGGUGUGGUGUGGUGUGUUGCCCGUGCCGUGCUUUGCUUUCACGACGCCAUCGAUCGAUUUGGUUUGUCGGUGGUUGGCUUUUCUAACCUUGCUGUUCGUGCUUGCUUUUUGCUYGUUUCCAACCGCCGGCGUUCCGACCCAAUGGUGCUUUCGCGGGARCAGGUGUCGAAGAGUGCCGAGCAAGGCGUUCGGUGGACCAUGGAAGAUACCUAUACGGUUGCAAACGGGGGUCAUUUCGCUGCCGUAUUCGAUGGCCACGGUGGGAGUGGCGUGAGCGGCAUGCUCCGGGACCACGUCCACAGGCUUUACUCCAAGGCGUUGUACCAACGGCACGGGGAGGAAACCCAGAAAUCGGCGCUCGAUGGAAUGCAGGUCGACGACGACGAGGACAGCGAGGACGCAUCGCCGUCGGCUCCCUCGGUGCCAUCGAUAGAUACCCACAUCGCGUCGAUCCGCGCCGCGCUCAARCGCAUCGAGCGGGAAGCGAUGCGGCACGACCACUUCGAGUACCAGGGGAGCACGGCGGUUUGCGUCCUGGUGAGCGUCGGCAAAGACGGAGAACGGACGCUCGUCUCGGCGAACGUCGGCGACAGCCGCGCGAUCCUGUGCAGGGGCCGCAAGGCGGUCAAUCUCACCAGGGACCACAAGCCCAGCGACGAGCGGGAAAAGGCCAGGAUCCGAUCGAUGGGAGAAGACGUCCAAUGGGAUCCCUACGGAGAAAUAUAUCGGGUGAAGGACCUCUCGCUGUCCAGGGCGAUCGGAGACAGGUUCGCGAAACCGGUGGUCUCGAGCGAAGCGGAAAUAGGCUGUGUGCCCGUGGAAGACGAGGACGAGUUUUUCGUAAGUCUCCUCUCGUGUUGUUUCAUCCGCUGUGUGUCGGUGGACAGAUAUUGCGMCGCCAUCGAAAUUUGCAAACCUCACUCGCGCCUUUGUUACUAUUCUUUCGUCUGUUCUUCCAAUGACGUUCUCUCUUCGAUUCGUGAGCUAGCUCCUCGCAUCGGAUGGUCUUUGGGAUGUAAUGACAAGCCAAGAAGUUGUUGAUUUUGUUCACGAAAUGCUGGAAUGCCCUACCCAGAGCGUAAAAACAAAAAAAGGAAAAAUUGUUUUGACCCCAGAAUUCCGAAGAAGAAAAAUGGCUAGAUUUGUUGCACACGAGGCGCUAGAGAGAGGCUCGGCCGACAAUGUCUGUGUCAUCUUGGUUUGGCUUAAGAAAGAGAAAAAAUAAAUUGUCGAUUCAAAACGAAACGAAAGAAAGUCCAAUUAUCUCUCGGUAGGCCUGAUAGAGUUUCGCGAGAUCRCAAAUAAUAUAAACCUCGUACA